UGUACAUAAAUGCCAAUUGCACCGUUUUUGCGGUGAUAAUUUGCGGCGUAUUACAUCAGUUCCAGUUAUCUGAUAUUUGUAGUACACCGAAUAGAUGCUCUUUUAACUUGUCAAGGAAGUGAGGUAGUAGGAAUGGAGGAUGAGGUAACGCAGAAGGUACCAGAAGUGUUGUGCGAAGCUGCUGGACAAGAAGAUGCAGCAGGGACUGAACAAGCAUCUCUUAGUGAUGGUGAAAGCACAUCAGCUCAGCCUGCUGCUGUCAGCAACGGAGAGGAAAGCGACGAGGGGAAAGAGAUGGUGGAAGUCAAGAUCAUUUGGAACAAAAACAAAUAUGACCUUAAAAUUCCUUUAGAUGGCACCGGUGCUAAACUGAAAGAGAAGAUUCACACUCUUACUGGUCUUCCACCUGCUAUGCAGAAAGUGAUGUACAAAGGACUGCUGCCAGAGGACAAGACGCUUCGAGAAAUCAAAGUUACAAAUGGUGCAAAGAUUAUGGUUGUUGGAUCUACAAUAAAUGAUGUACUAGCUGUAAAUACACCAAAAGAAGUUAUUCAGCAGGAGGUUAAAGCUGAGGAGAACAAAAAGGAGCCAUUGUGCAGGCAAAAGCAACAUAGAAAAGUCUUGGACAAAGGAAAACCAGAGGAUGUCAUGCCAUCUAUAAAAGGAGCCAAGGAGCGUCUGCCAACAGUGCCUUUAUCAGGAAUGUACAACAAAUCUGGUGGAAAAGUACGACUCACGUUUAAACUGGAACAGGAUCAGUUGUGGAUCGGAACAAAAGAAAGAACAGAAAAAAUUCCUAUGGGUUCCAUCAAAAAUGUUGUGACCGAGCCAAUAGAGGGUCAUGAGGACUAUCAUAUGAUGGCAUUUCAGCUGGGUCCGACAGAAGCCUCACAAUAUUGGGUCUACUGGGUGCCUGCACAGUUUGUUGAUGCAAUCAAAGACACAGUUCUCGGAAAAUGGCAGUAUUUUUAACGUGCCUCUAUAGACACUGCAGAAUUGGGAUUCAGAGAAAAAGAUUGAAAACAUUAACUGGAGCCAACACAAUAAUCUGAAGAACCGAUUUUUCUGAAGUAUUUCCAGAGCAAACCGAAGGAUUGCUGUUGGACAAAAUAUUUUGGGGGUUUUAAGUGCACUAAGUGUCAGCAUCCCGUUUUUCAAACUGUUUCACCACUCUCUUCUUUUUUUUUUUUUCUUUUUUUUUUUUUUUUAAAGAAAUCCCAAG